CCAGGGUAAACGACGAAGCAGGAGGUGCAUUUUCUCUUAACUGGAAGAGAAAGAUAUUACAAGGCAAUAAAAUAUAGCAUAGAAGCUUCCGCGGGUGUGCACAUGUAAGGAAUGUUAUCCCCUCAAUUACAAUGAAAACACACAUCCCACAUUUCUAUAAUUAAUCCUACAUAAGAGAGUUUGAUCCUAAAAUGAACAUGUAUUUGCCAAGAAGCUAGUCUAACUGAAAUACAAUCCUAUUUUGCAUCGAGGAACUUAAUGGAAGGCAGCUUAGCGUACAAGCUCAUACGAAGGAAUCAUCCAGUGAUCACAAGUAAUGCAUGAGGUAUGGUCCGGUGCUGCCACAAAUGGCGGAACUUGAUUCUGGAGAAUUGGAAAAGGUUCUGGAUCCUAUGCAUGAGGUGCACCGAAGAAAAGGCUGAAGCCAAAGAAGCAGAAAAGAUCGAACACAAAAUACUGCUAUUGCAGGGUGGAGGGUCACAAUCAGCAUAAAUGCGCCAAGUGGAUAGAGUUCCCUGUUGGCUGUAUCCAUUGUCAGCUGAAGCAAACGGCUGUGUUGGUGCUACUGCGGUGGGCUACUCUGCUGCUAUCCUAGAGUACCUGACUGCUGAAGUUCUGGAGCUGGCUGGGAACGCCAGCAAGGAUCUGAAGGUGAAGCGUAUCACCCAUCACCAUCUUCAGCUGGCCGUCCGUGGAGAUGAAGAGCUGGAUACCGUCAUCAAGGGUAUCAUUGCUAGUGGGGGUGUGAUCCCGCACAUUCACAUGUCCCUGAUCAAAGUUAUCUGUCCAGUUGUCUUGAAGUAACACAGGACAUUUUCGCAACCGUGUGUGAGACUUCAUAUGAUCGAAGUAUCCAUCUGUGUACUGCUUCCUGGUACUGUUUCAGUUAUUUGGAACAUUGUAUUUGUGUAUUCGUGUUCAUUUGUUCACUUCACGGUAUAUGCUGAAUGCAAAACCUUUUUUACAUGCUUUGAGUAAUUGUGGUGUUUUAUUGAA